CCCCGGACACCGUAGUGCACGUAUGGCCCUGGGGGAUCAUGUUGAAGGUGACAGGCAGCGGUGUCAUGCCGGGGACUCUCGGUCUGUUACCGGUCACCGUCCGUGCCGCCGCCGGUGACGGAGAGCAAGAGGCGGCGAGCUGCUCCGUGUUGAACCGGGACGAGCUGUCCCUGUACGCGGACCCCCCGCAGAGACCCGUGUAUGAGGAGCCCGAGGCGGGUCAGCUGGAGCAGAGCGUGGCCUCCUUCAGGAAGCUGCUGGAGCCGCACGCCGCCUGGUGGCAGGGCACGUACAGCAUAAUCCAACCCAGAGUUCACAGCGUCCUCCAGCGAGGACACGACGCUUACUCCUACCUGAACGACCCACCGAAGGACUUCUACCCCCGGGCAGGGGUCAUCGGAUUGACCGGUGUCCUGGGGCUGCUGCUCGCCAGAAGCUCCAGGACCAAGAGGCUCCUGUACCCGGCCGGCCUGGUGACCCUGAGCACCUCCCUCUACUACCCGGAGCAGGCGGCCGCCAUCGCCAAGUCCGCCGGGGAGUCGGUGUAUGACCGGGCCGUGCAGGGGUACGCGGCCGUGGAGAAGAUGCUGAAGCCGCAGAGCAAAGGUGAAAAGGCCGCAGACUCGGAACCGAAGCCCCGAUGAGCGCAGGACGACCCCGCAGCCUCUCAGCAACAAGAAGCCGAAGAGCAGCUCCUCAGCCCGGCUCUAAACCGUGACUCUUUGCACUAAGCCUCAUGUAUCUCAGGCCUGUCACUGGGGGUUUGCCAUCAAAUGAUGAACUUCUGCCACUGAUUUGAAUGUAUGUUUAUGUAGAGAAUAAAUAGUCUUACAAUAAAA